AGAAAGGUAUUGGUCUGUGUGUCUUUUGAAAGGGGGCAUCUCAACGUCUAAUUGUAUCAAUAUUCUUCAUCCUCAUCACCACCAUCAUAAGGAAAAGAACCAGCACACCUAAGAGGAAGGAACCAAGUAGGCAAGCAUCUCUUGCAAUUCUGAAGGCAAAUGGCAGACACAGAUUGUGAAGGAGUUGCAAUGGAUGCCGCUCUCAAAGAUGCGGCCAGUCAAAGAACCGCUCUCUUCUCCCCACAGCUAAAAGCCAUGAUCAGAAUAAAAAAGAAAUACUUGAGGAGACCUAAAACUGAGCGAGGCUCUAAUUCUGGCAGAUUAGGCCAUUCCAUUGGCUCAGAUAAUGUCAUCUCUGAUGGGACUUUACAUAAUAAGAACCCUCAAACCAAAAGGUUAAAACGACGGAAUACCCGUGUGCUGUUCCCAAAUGAUACACUGAUGUUCAAGCCAAAGAAAGAAAGCAACAGAGCAAAACCAUUCCUAAUUCUCUUCAGUGUGAUUGUUUUUCUCCAGGUCUACAACGCCAUUGAGAAUCUCGACGACCAUGUUUUGAAGUACGAUCUUGAGGGUUUAGAGAGGAUGUUACACAGAGAGAUGUUUGGUCAGCGUGAAGCACUAGAUAAGCUAAUGGAUCAUCUGAACGAUUACUUAUCCACCUACGCCCACCAGCAACCCCUCGCCCUGUCUUUACACGGGGCUUCUGGCGUAGGGAAGAGCCAUCUUGGCCGCCUGCUGGCACGACACUUUCGUUCGAUGGUAGAUGACAAGCUAGUGGUGCAGUAUUUCACCAAACACCAUUGCCCCCUACAGCAAGAAGCUCAGCAAUGCGCAUCUGAACUCGCUAAACGUAUAGUUGACUUAGUGACUCGCGCUGAGGAAGAGGAACAGAUUCCGUUCUUCAUCCUGGAUGGUGUGGAACUAAUGCAGCCUCCAUUGUUAGAUGUUUUGCAGACAUUUCUUGAGUCUGAUCAGACAAAUGAGUUUCUUAAUGUGGUUUACAUUUUCCUAAGCAGUCUAGGUCAAAGUGAGAUAACAGCUCACAUUCUUCAAAAUGCCUCCACCACUGGAGCCAAGAAACCGCUGCGGAACGCCUUGUCCCUCAUCCAUCCUCUGUGGAUGCAAUCUGCCGUCGAGCUUAUCCCGCUUUCUCUACUUGAGCGGGAACAUGUGAUACAAUGCUUUCUAGAGGAAAUGACACUCGAGGGAUUCUAUCCCGACCAAACUCACGUAGAAAGACUGGCGGAUGAACUGGCCUAUCACAGGGCAGCUGGCAGGCAAUAUGCAAAGACUGGCUGCAAACAAGUAGUGGGAAAAGUUAACCUGCUUUGACAGAAACAUCCAUAAACAGAAUUUAAAUCAGGAGUUUGUGCCAACGGAUAAUAAAGCAGCAAACUGUAUGUUUAGCUGGAAAGAUUGUUCUUGUGAAUAAA